AUGAGCGGCUGCGGCCUGGGCGGCGGCAUUGACUCGGACGACCCGUUUGACUCAGAAGAUUCAAUGAUGGACUUUCCUGUGCCGCCCAUGCCGGUGCACGAGAUCAUGCGCUGCCUGCACUCCUCCGCUGCUGAAAUGGCCGCUGAAGAUGGCAACCCUGAAGGAAUCGAGAAAAUCCCCUCUGGCGGCGGUGCUGGUAACCCUACCACAUGUGGUAACCCUACUACUUCCGGUAGCCCUGCCUCCGCUGCACGAACCACCGCUGCUGCGAAGGACGAUCAACACGAGGUGGCAUCAGCAGGGAAUGCGGAGGGCACUCCUCUACUAAGCAGGACUGCUUCUUCGACCAGCGCGUCUCUCCGGAGCUUCGUGCUUGCUGGAGCAGGGAUGGAGGCAGGGCCGGAGACUGACAGCACUCCCAUGCAGGCAGCUCCCUGCGCCUCUCCUCGGGGCUCCACCCCUGCUGCUGCAGGGCUGGCUUCAGCAGCCUCGUCCACUGAUUCGUCGCCGCUUGCAGCGAGUGCUACUACAAAGGCGGGGCAGGUAGCUGAGUCAUCCAGUGAUCGGGCCGACAGCAGGAAGUGUCUGGACGAGCACAACAAGGCCAUCAGUUCUUCUGUUCCCAUCCCACUGCCCCUCACACUGCACCUCUCACUGCUCCUCCCACUGCCCCUCACACUGCCCUUCACAUUGCCCCUCACACUGCCCCUCACACUGCCCCUCACACUGCCCCUCACACUGCCCCUCACACUGCCCCUCACACUGCCCCACACACUACCCCUCCCUCUGUUUUCCACCCCCCUCGACAACCUCCUUCCCUUCAGCCCUCCCCAAUGUCACGCCACCACCCGUGUGAAAGACGAAGGGCGGCCCUGGCUGCACCAAGAAGAGCUCGGUUGGGAGGUGCAGCAGCUGCAUAAGGGGUGGGAGAGAGCUUCUGGGUCGCCUCUGGGGCAGGUAGCGCAAAGCCGAGAGGAGGGAUGUUGGCAGCAACAGGCAGAGUCGCAGUGGCAGGCUCAGAAGACACAGCACGAGGCACAGCAGCAGACACAGCAGCCCACACAUGGCCACGAUUCAGUUCUGGUUGACCCUUCCUCUGCCUUCCCUGUGAACCCUUUCACUUCCCCACAUCCUUCCCCUCUUGGAGCAACCUUCCCUCUGUCAUCAGUUGCUGACCUCAAACCCUGCAGCCGAACCCUCAUCUCUGCUGCUCUCCAUCAUGACAUGUUUGAGACAAGCAAUCAGCUUGCUGGGUCUGGUGGGAGCAGCGUGGCGGAAAGCGAGUGGAGCAUGCAUGAAGACGUGGAGAAAGGGGGGCUGCUUGAGGAGAUUGGACUCAGUAAGGGACAAGUCAGUAAGGCUCAUAGUGUGGGUGGGAGUGAGAGCACCAGCUGCUUCAUGCAUUUUGAUGAUUUUCUGGGCACAAGCCCGGGUAGGGAUGCAUGCAGUGGCAGACCGGAGCACGGAUGCAAGGAAAGGCUUCAAGGUGCUCAUUGGUGGGAUGACCUUUUUCCAGAACUCUUGUAG